CAGCCCACGCCUCGAAAAGCGGCUUGUUCCGGCUAGCCCCUUUACAUCUUUUUUAUCCCUGCUCUCAACAUUAAAAUAGUGCCGCUCCUCUGACGCUCAAGGAUUUAAUCGUAUUAUUGCCAUUAAAUAAAUUUAAAAAAAAGGUGGAGGAUUGAGGAAGUAUUUUUUGCAGGAUGCGUAAACGCGCACCAGCAGCGGAGGAUCUCCGGCUGUGCAGCCAUGCGCUGAGGCUGAGGCUGAGGCGCAGUUCAGGCACCAUCACCGGCGGAGCGAUACCAGCAUCUCCUCUCUGCUCCGGUUCGUCAACGCGAGGGUGUGUGGCUGCUCACUGUACCUGAGCGCGUCCGUCACGUAGCACAGGGGCGCAGAGGACCAGAGCCGGACCGAGCGGUGCUCUGUGCGUAAUUCUGCGAAAUGCAUCAAACGUCGAGGAUGAUGCCCGCGCGCCCGCUGCUGCUGCUGCGGAUGUUUAGCAUCUGAUGAAGAUUUUUUUCCUUUUUGCCGCUUGUUCUUAUUUUGAUGCGCUCCCGUGGAUGAUGAAUAUGUUUAUUCUGGUGCUCUAGUGUAGUGCGUGAGUGGCCUGUGGCCGUCAGCGAGCAGGAGCUGUUGUCGGGGCUCAGUUGAAAUGUGUUGCCCCUGAGCUCGACGGCGCCUCCCCCGGUGGUGUGGUGACAGGAUGCCGGUGCAGGCAGCCCAGUGGACAGAGUUCCUGUCCUGUCCCAUCUGCUACAAUGAGUUCGACAGCAGCGGCCACCAGCCCAUCAGCCUGGGCUGCUCCCACACGGUGUGCAAGACCUGCCUGCACAAACUGCACCGCAAAGCCUGCCCAUUCGACCAGACGCCAAUCAGCACCGACAUUGACCUGCUGCCGGUCAACUGUGCCCUGCUGCAGCUGGUCGGAGCUCAGAUCCCUGAUAUGCAGCCGGUGAGCCUGAGCAGCGCAGCAGAGGUGGAGAACUAUGAGGUCUGCAGGGUGUGUGUAGAAGAGCUGGCUCUCUACCUGAAACCUAUCAGCGGAGCAAAAGGUGUCGCGACCCUGAGUCCGAGUGUGCUCAGUCGGCCCAUGCAGAGGAAGCUGGUGACCCUGGUGAACUGCCAGCUGGUGGAGGAGGAGGGCCGUGUGCGGGCGGUGCGGGCAGGCCGGUCGCUGGGGGAGCGAACCGUGACCGAGCUCAUCCUGCAGCACCAGAACCCCCAGCAGCUCUCUGCCAACCUCUGGGCGGCGGUGCGGGCGCGGGGAUGUCAGUUCCUGGGACCUGCGAUGCAAGAAGAUGCACUGAAGCUGGUUUUACUGGCUCUGGAGGACGGCUCAGCUCUGUCCAGGAAGGUGCUGGUUUUGUUUGUCGUCCAGAAGCUCGAGGCUCGGUUCCCCCAGGCCUCCAAAACCAGCAUAGGCCACGUGGUGCAGCUGCUCUACAGGGCCUCGUGCUUCAAGGUGACUAAGCGUGAUGAGGACUCUUCACUGAUGCAGCUGAAGGAGGAGUUUCGCACAUACGAGGCCCUCAGGCGGGAGCACGAUGCCCAGAUCGUCCACAUCGCCAUGGAGGCGGGCCUGCGGAUCUCACCGGAGCAGUGGUCGUCUCUGCUGUACGGAGACCUGGUCCACAAGUCUCACAUGCAGUCCAUCAUUGACAAGCUGCAGUCUCCAGAGUCGUUUGCAAAGAGCGUCCAGGAGCUGACGAUCGUCCUGCAGAGGACAGGAGACCCGGCCAACCUCACGAGCCUUAGACAGCACCUCGAGCUGCUGGCCGACAUAGACCACAAUCCAGACGCCCCAGCACCAUCAUGGGAGGAGCUGGAAAGCGUGAUGUUGGCUGUGAAGUUGGUGGUUCACGGACUGGUGGAAUUCAUACAGAACUUCAGCAAGAAGAGCCACGACACGCCGCAGCCUCAAGCCAACAGCAAGUAUAAGACCAGCAUGUGCCGGGACCUCCGUCAGCAGGGCGGCUGUCCCCGAGGAACCAACUGUACAUUUGCGCACACACAGGACGAACUGGAGAAAUUUAGACUGAGGAACAAGAAGAGCAACAGCGUGGGCCGUGCAUUUCCGUUGUCGCCGGGGGUUAUGGGUAAAACCUUCACGAUGGAGGGCAGCCUCCACGAGGACGUGUCGGCGGCAGUGGUAGAGGGGCUCAAAGGCACAGGGGACAAUGCAACUACCCUGACAGACGGUGUUCCCGGCCUGACUAACUCGCAGUUUAUCACUAGAGGGGCUGACAUUAUCGAGGAAAUGAAGAGGGUGGUGCCAAAUGGAACCAGUGGGGCGAACGGGUGCAACGGGCUGCCUGGUACCAACAGAACCACGUCGGGUGCAACCGAACAGAAGUCCAUCUCUCCUCCCAGGACUCCAGUCGGCCACUCAGCAUCAUCUCCCCUGACCCCGGUCCCGCGGUGUGACGGCGGCGCUCCGAUACCCAAACACGGUCAGUUCAUGCUGCGUGCGCCACAUCCUUCCCAGGCCACAGAGCUGUACUACCAGGAGCCCCACUCUGCUUAUGACGCGGCCCAUUAUCAACAAAACUCAGGUUCUUACUACCCAUCUACUCUUCAUCAUCCUCACAAACCCUGCAUGGCUCGCUUCCUCAGGUCGUCCAAUGUCCCAGAAUCCCCUCUGCCGCCCUCCAUGGGACCUCCACCGACUUCCUACCACAGUGACUCUCAAACGCCUCACCCACCCUCCUCCUCUUCCUCGGGGUACCCACCACACCCCCCCAGAGAUCGGAUGGGUCCCACCUUCCAUCCCCACCCGGGGCAGCCCCAGUACGGGCCUCUGGCUCCUGCUCAUGGGGUAUAUGCUCCGCUCUAUGACAGCAGACGAGUGUGGAGGCCUCAGCUGUACCACCGAGAGGACGCCAGGAGUAACUCGCUGCCUCCAGAGGUGCUGCAUUCCUCCGUCUACCAGCCUCCACUCAGGGAGAGAUUCAACUCAUUGGACAGCAACUACUGCUCUGGAGGGGACCACCGCACAGGGCUACACAGGGAUUACAGUCGUGUUCCUCUGGGCUACGAGGAUCUGUUCAGGAGGAAGCAGGAACAGUGGGCGCACCAUCACCACCAUCACAACACCAACAGACCCUCCCAGUCCUCCCCCAUCUUCACCAUCGACUUUGGAACUGAGCAUUUGGAGAGCAGCGGAGGCCAGUGCGCCGGGUGCCGGUUCAGAGGCGAGGAAAGCUUAGCCCACUACUCCCCAUGGUCCUGUGGCACCAUCGGCCCCUGCCUCAGUCCCUUUGAGCCUGAGACACUGACGCACAGCUCAGCUCACUCCUGCUCGGAGCACCCGGAGUUGGAGGCUAACGGAGGCAGAGGCAGCGGUGGUGGUGGUGGUGGUGGCGGCGGCAGCAGCAGUAGUGUCGGGAAGCGGUGGCUUCAUUCGUUGGAUCACUACCGGCGCUUAAAAGAUGAGGACCCCAUCAUUCCCUUCAGUGAGGGGCCCAUCAUCUCCAAGUGGGGGGCCAUAUCCAGGGCGUCACGCACGGGCUUCCACACCACCGACCCGGUUCAAGCCACGGCCUGCCAGAGAAGCUCCAGCACCACACCCAUCAACUUUAAAGAUUAUAACCAACACAUGGAUCACAGUGACUACAGGUGGGGCUCCAGAGGAUCAGAUUCUUCCAGCCACUCCAGUUUCCUCGAAAGCGAGCAGCUUUGUGCAUCGGAGCUUCACGGCCGGCGGACGUCCAUUAGCAGUGGAGAGAGAAUCGUGACCUGUACUCUGCAGGCGCAUCACGCCGUCUACAGCCAGGACCGGGAGCGAGCCGAGAGCGAGCCGGACCCGGGCCGAGACAUCGAGCUGGAGCUGUGCGCUCUGGACAUGGAGGAUUCAGACCCCCCGGAGAGAAGGUCUCAGGAGUCUUUAGACCUGAUUCAUUCUCCGUCUCAGGAUGCUUCCCACCUCCUGCCGCCUCCCUGCUCCUCUCCCCUCCGCUCAUCCCCUGUGAAGGAACACCCCCGAACAGAGAGUUCUCUGACAGAGAAGAUGGAUGCUCAUCUACUGAAAAAGAUGGCCUUCAGAAAGUCUCUGUCUCCCGGCAGGUUGGUCUCGAGGGGUCUUGGCGUCGGCAAGCUGGUGCUGCGGACCGGUCCCCCUCGACUGGGGGACACGUCCACGCCCGGCACAGAGAUGCUGCUGAAUGGAAGCUAAAGGGACACAAAGUCAGACAGUGGGACACGUACUAUGUUUGGCGCUGAGCUGCCAGCACACAAACAGAUCCUGUUGGAUGGCAGUUCCAUUGAAUUCCAGCCUUCAUAUAUGUAAAUCAUAUGCCUAAAUAAAACCUGACAGAUACAGCUGGGCAGUGUGUGACAGGCCCGCGAGGCUCCAGAAAAAAAUCCACUGUCCUGUCUGCUAAGUGGUCAUUUUUACUAGUGUAUUUACCACAGAGAAUUUAGUGAAAUCACUGUUAACGCUUUGUAAGGUCCACGAUCAGAGGUUUACACAUUAUCCAGUUUGUUGUGGACAUGUGGACGUUUCUUAAGACCACUUUUUCAUUUUACUUUAGGAUUUCUUUGCUAAAACACUGGUUUAUAAUCAAACCCCUGAUAAUUAUCCAAGCAAAAUAUUAUCCAAACCUGGCAUUAUUCAUCCCUUUUUGUGGCCUCAUGGACAUGUAACACAUUUUUCUCCGUGUCUCAUAACAUGUUAAUGAAUUUGUGUAGGACGCUGGUUUAGUUUGAAGGCUCUGUUGUGUUGCUGCGUAACAUUUACAUAAGUAUUUCCUGAAAAAGAGAGAUAAGCGCAAUAACACUGAGAACAAAAACUGGACAGGCCGCUCAAACGCUCCUAUAAAAUAGAACGAAAAUUUGCCCACAACAGAAGUUUCCAGUGUGGCGACAGUGAAACGAGCCUCUGUCUUUUGUGAGUCAUAUGAUCUUAUAAAUGUUGACCUUCCGAAUUCCCUCGACUGUCACGAGAUCACAGAGCACAACGACACAGUCAUAAAGAGAAUUUGUUAAUGAUCCUUGAUCGGUGAAAGUCACGAGGGAGCAACAAAGUAAAGAUAUUGUUUUUAGUUUUUUAUACCCCUUAUUUAUUAUUAACCCUCAACAUAUUCCCUUAGUUCGCUCUUGUUUUGCGUCACUAAAGAACACAAAGCAAUUCUUGUUUUGAUGUAGCUGCAUUUUGUCUAAUUUAGUCGAUUUCUCUGCACGCCACAUUAACUCACAGUCAAUCUCUCUCUCUCGCACACAUAUAAUACAUGUGUGCUCACUCCUUCAUGCACACAAAUACAUGCAAUACAGUGGCCUUCCUGUCCCUGGUGUUGUAUAAAACUCAACAUUGGGCUCUUCAUAUUCUCCUGUCAGAGGCGUGAUCUCAGAAACUGACCACUGGACGUCACAUUUCUAUUUGCCCGAAGCGAUUUAGGUCCCAUAACAUUUACACACUUCAAAUAUUCAGAGGAGGGUGUAAUAUUUUUCAAACCGAACGCAAAGUGAGGGACGCCAUUUCAUUUAGCGCUUCUUCUUGGGGUUAAAGCUUUUGUUUUGUUUUGUUUGAGGCGUUGCUAACUUCUGUGAAGUUGUCCGAUCUUUGUUACUGUCGUUCGUCAAGUUUCUCAUUUGAUGUGCACCUUAAACCACCAAAGUCUAGUUCACAGUAACGUUGUGUGAUUUCCAUACAGACCAGCCUUGCCUCGCUCCCCUUUUUUUUAUAAAUAUGAGGCGUCUUGUUGCAUUAGCCCAUCUUAUAUAUUUAUAUACUGGAUUCACGGGACUGGAGACUCCACUGACUUUGUUUCCACCUCUUCUAAAUCUUAUGAGAUUUGUCUAGAAACAAAUCUCUGUAUCUUUCACGAUCCCUCUUCGAUUUUCCUCUGACCUCAGCUUCCGUACCGUCUCAAAAUGUUCAUCAUGAGAAGCCAAGCCCUUCAAGUUAAGAUCUUAAAUCCAGUUUUAGAGGAUGGCAGAAUGGCUGUACAUCUGAGGAAAGGUUUUGGGACCUAUGGUGGAAGGCUUCUGUCUUAGCUCCCGCCCGACUGCUGAGACAAGCGGGUGAAGAAAGGGAAUAACGGGACUGAACGAUCCAGUCUGACUUGAUGUGAUGAGGCUUUUUUUGUCCUGUUCAUUUCUGACCACACAAAGGCGAGAGCUGCCGCGGGGAUUCAGCCGCUCCAAUCCACAAAGAUAAACCUCAGCUAAACUGUCGCUCUGCAUCUGUUUACAAUUUCCCCUUUGAGGUCAUGUAAGUGCCAUGUUAUGUACAGUAAAGUACAGUACAAUCAAUCCCUGCAAUCUCUCCUGUUGCUUUUCAUAUUGCCCGGCUGCGGCGAGGAGGUGUGGGGGGGGGGGGGUGCUGAGUCGAGCUGAAGAAUGAUUGACACUCCUCUCGCAGUUCCGAUUUGUCUCCAUUAGAGGAGGCCACAUCCUCGUCUGUGCGAGUCGCUCAGGGAAGACUUCAGUUGGUCAGAUGGUAGUUUGGCUUUUGGUCUCUUAUAGUCAUCACUUUAAAUAUUCAGUGGUGGUGUUUAGCGGCGGAUCAUUUUGCCCCCCCCGAGGCAUAAAUGAGUCAAAGUGUUACCGCUGAUAAUAUUGUUUGCCAGUGUUUGCUUUUGCCUCUUAGUAUCAAUAUUGGCUUGGCUAUACUUGCUCUCAUGGGAAAGGGCCGGGCACUGCUGUACGUAAAGAGAACAGUAUUGUGAGUACUGGUGAUACUCAGUGUUUCCUGCUGUAGUGGCUAAAACUGCAUUGCACUGAUCUCCACCUCAUCACUGCCAACAGGUGCACUCUGCCCCCCCCACUUUCCUGCAUCCAGCCUCAUGCAUGCGAUAUAGUCCCUCUUGUGAUGGCGGAUGAGUACUGAUGAUUCUGUAGUUGUGAUACAACACACCCAGCGCUGUAAGAAUUCUGCACAUGCCCACUGUGUGGCCACGUCAAGUGCUGAAGUUUGCUUGCGGCAUUUUACUCGUUGAAACUGAAGUAUUGUUUAAUAGAGAUUAUAUUGUUAUUACUAUGAUUAUUGCACCACAUUUGGUUGUUGUUGUGGUAAUUUUUUUCUUUCCUUUAUUUGUAUAUUCAAAGUCUUUGCUUAUUUGUUUUGGAUAUUGAGAAUUUGCUAAAAAGAAAAAAACGAUGACAUUUUGUAUUAGACGAGAAGGUGUCUCAUCAAUCUAUAUUAUAUGGAGAAAAAGUAAAAAAGCUUGUUUGUUGAUCGUGAAACUUAUGAUGAACUGAUGUUUUCUGACUAUUCAUGUCUGUAUUAGACAUUUUAUUUGCGAAUCUAUUGUUCGAUUGACCUGUAUAUGAACUAUUAAGAGAUGGUACACAUCUGUCAUUGUAUACAGUCUGGCACCAUCAUUAGAUGGACUUAAAUAGUAUAGACGAUCAUUUAUACAACCUGUGAUAAUCAUCUAUAUUUAAAUGUUUAAGUCAUUGGGGCAGCUGUGUAAUGUUUCAGAAUGAGGAGAAUAAAGAUCCUUAAAGAGACAGCAUAUCUAAAAUGUCCCCACAAUGAAUAAUACUGUUAUGUAUUCCAUUUAUUUCCAUGGAAAUAUCACAUUGUGAAAGGUUUCCCUUUUACUUAACUGUUCGGUAACGCAGGACUGGAGUAGGUCGAACCUAUGGUGGUGAAGAUUUUCUGUACAUGUUAUUGACGCUUGAUGAAAGUGUUUGAGUAUCGUUUGACUGACUGAUUCUUCUGUGCGUUUUCUGGCUCGUUCACUUGUAUGACACUGACGUAUACAGACAGCUUGGCCGAGCAGCGCUCUGCUUCUCUGUUGCACUGAGAGAUUGGAUUUACAAAAAGCAGGAUUUUUGGCACAGGGAAAUUUGCAUGCUACAAUAAACCAAGAACAAAUAA